UUGUUCAUMAACUGCAGUUCCUGGGCGGACCCCACGCACAGCUGGGCUUUAGCGGCUGGAUCCGCCUUCCCGGCAAGCCGGAGCCGGGAGCCUCACAAAGAGGGGCUCCGGGCUUGACAGCACAAACGCAGGAGACUGGCUCCACCGAGGGAGGAUGACCUGGUCAGCACCGUGAAGCCGGGCUUCUGCUUGCCAGUGGGAUCCAGAAAUGGGUUACUGGAGGAGACCGGCUCUGCUUUCCUUACUGCUGCUCUCCUUGUCCUGCAGCGCCCGCCGCAGCCUCAAGACCAACCUGUGCAAGUGGUGCGACUCCACAGCCCCGGCCUGCGAGGACAAGGUGUGCUACAGCAACUGCAACCUCAACUCCUACUGCGAGGACCCCUACGAGAUCUGCGUGGCCAUAUGGAGACAGGACAAUGAGAGCAUCAGGAUCAGCACACUGUGCCACAACCCCCUGCGGCCCAUCGAGAACCUGAUGGUCCCCAACUACAACACCUCGCGCUGCACCAUGAGCCACCAGCCCAGUGACGACGGGAUCCUCUACGUGUGCGGCUGCGUGGACGAGCAGGAGUGCAAYGACAAACUCAUCUUUGAGAACCACACCAACGGCUAUUCCAUGCUGCAGAGCAAGGAGGUGAUCCCAGUGGCUGCCAUCAGCCUCCUGCCRCCGCUGCUGGUGGCGGUGAUGAUCACGGUGAUAUUUUACCUGUGCCGCACGCAGAAGCGCCGCAAGAGAGCCAAGGCGUGGGGCGGCAAACAGAGCCGGCCCCCGGCGCUGCCGGAGCMGGGAAAGGCGAGCGAGCGGGAGGAGAAGCUGUCGGUGCUGAUGGAUGAGAGCCCGGCCGGCCCCGGCCCCGGCCCCGGCUGCAGCCGCGCCGCGGAGCUGCUGCCCAUCGAGCUGGACGAGAUGGUGGGCAAAGGGCAGUUCGCCGAGGUGUGGAGRGCCAAGCUGAGCCACAGCCGCUCGGGACACUACGAGACGGUGGCCGUGAAGAUYUUCCCCUGCGAGGAAUACUCCUCGUGGAAGAACGAGAGCCAGAUCUUCACCGACAGCAGCCUCCGGCACGACAGCGUGCUGCAGUUCCUCACKGCCGAGGACCGGGGCGCGGGGCCCCGCCGGGAGUACUGGCUCAUCACCGCCUACCACAGCCGCGGCAACCUCAAGGACUACCUGUCCCGCCACGUGCUGAGCUGGACGGACCUGCAGAAGAUGGCCGGGUCCCUGGUGAGCGGGGUGGCCCACCUGCACAGCGACUACACCGCCUGCGGCCGCCCCAAGAUCCCCAUCGCCCACCGCGACAUCAAGAGCACCAACGUGCUGGUGAAGAACGAGCAGGAGUGCGUGCUCUGCGACUUCGGCAUCGCCAUCCGCCUCGACCCCUCGCUCACCGUGGACGACUUUGCCAACAGCGGGCAGGUGGGCACCGCCAGGUACAUGGCMCCAGAGGUCCUGGAGUCCAGAGUGAACCUGGAAGACCUGGAGUCUUUCAAGCAGAUGGAUGUCUACUCCAUGGCCCUCGUUUUGUGGGAAAUGGCCUCCAGAUGUGAGGUGGUAGGAGAGGUAAAGAAUUAUGAGCUGCCUUUUGGGUCCAAAGUCCAGGAGCAGCCCUGUGUGGACACGAUGAGGGACAUCGUGCUGCACGGCAGAGGCCGGCCCGAGAUCCCAAGCAGCUGGCUGGUGCACCAGGGAAUGCGCUUCCUGUGCGACACCAUCACRGAGUGUUGGGACCACGACCCCGAGGCUCGGCUCACCGCCCACUGCGUGGCUGAGCGCUUCAACCUGAUGGCACAGAUGGAUUGUGAUGACAUCCUCAACAACAACAUGGACAACGAGGCCAGCAAAACAGCUUCUCCAGGAGGGGAGCACCAGGACAGUGACGGGAGCAGAAACAUUCAGUGACGCAGCAGGCGCAAGUCCUCAUUCCAAGGAACAAGAGAAUAAGGGAGAAGCAUUUAGCUUACGGGGGAAAAAAACCCUCAAUGUUUUUCAAAAUGGAACUAAGAUCUAGUACAUAAAUUAUUUAUAAGAUCUGUUUCCUCUCACAGAUACAGUGAACUGUGGAAUCAAUAUUUUGGUUAAAGUGCAACAUUAUUAUAUGAACUGACUUUGUACUUACUUAAAAUGUAUAAUGAUGCAAAGCAUUCUUUUUAUUAUUUUUUAAAAUAAUAAUGU